AUGCCCUCCGUUUCCACGGGCCACGCGCUCGACCUGGAAAAAUUCCUCAAAUCUCUCAAGGGGCAGCCAUUGGAAGCUUCCGUCAACAGUUUGAUAUCCCUCCUCAAGCGAAGACAGAUCAAGGGAUCCGAGCCUUGCGCCGUUGCCACCGCCCAUAUCCUCCUCCAGGUCGUCGCCCGGUCAAAAUGGCACGAUGUCGACAGCCUCUUGAUCCACGUCUCGAGAACCGGCCGUAAGCUGGUAGACGCCCAGCCCAACGAGCUUGUCAUUGGCAACAUUGUGCGCCGAGUCCUUGGCCUGAUCCGAGACGAGGCUUCCGAGGAUCGAGGCGACACCGCCGACGAGUCUGCGAGCGAUGCGCCAACCCCGACCGACAUCGUCCCGCCAACAUCCAUCAGCCAGCAGUGGUCGUCAAAACGCUUCGACUCGGCCAGCAGCGCAGCUUCGCCGGCGCGCCCUCCCAUCGUCUCUUCUUAUAGCUCCAUCAACCCUCCCAAGUCGCUGUUCCAUCUCUUGUCGACAUCCCCGCCCGCAGAUGGAGACGUGUCGCCCUUUAGAAACUCGGGAUCGUCGACGCCUACGUGGAGGGGCAACACGGGCCAGAUCCACGCGCUGCGCUCCGAAGUCAUUGAUGGCAUCGAGGAAAUCAAGGACGAGAUCAGCCAAGUCGACGACCAGAUCGCUGCCUCGGCCGAAGUGCAGAUUCACCCCGGCGACUUGGUGCUCGUCCACCAGCCAUCAACAACGGUGGAACGAUUUAUCCUCCGCGCUGCUCAGAAGCGCAAGUUUACCGUGCUAAUCGCCAUGGCACCACCCAGAAGACACUCGGCUGAGAGCCAGCACACAACUUUUAGGAAGAAGCUGUCGGCGGCGGGCAUCACGGUGGUCAAUGUGAUGAAUGGCGGGCUCAUGGCCUACAUGUCACGAGUCAACAAGGUCAUUAUUGGAGCAAGAGCAAUUGUUGCUACCGGAGGUGUCGUGGCUGAUGCUGGCUCCGCUGCUAUUGCCCGAGCUGCCAAGGAACAGGGCACCGCUGUCGUCGUGCUCAGCGGCGUCUACAAGCUUAGCCCGGAGAGUCCUUUCGAUGAGAGCUCGCUGAUCGAAUGGGGCGACUCGUCCACCUUUGUGAGCUUCGCGGAUGGCCCUCUGGUGUGUGGUGCCGAGAUUCGAACGGCACUCACCGAGCUGAUUCCGCCGGAGCUUGUCGACACCUACAUCACAAACCUGGGCACACAUUCGCGCGACCACUUGUCAAGCCUCAUCUCAGACCACUACAAGCGAGAGGAUGCCGACUUUCACAUCUGGGAAGGGGCUCUCCCGUGA